AUUCCCCGUCCUCCCAAUGCGUUCAUGCUAUAUCGAUCUCACCUCUGUGCGAAGGAGAAGAUCAAAGGGACGGUCGUCAAUAACUACUGUCAUAUCAGCCGUAUCGCCGCUACUAUCUGGAGGGACCUCCCUGAAACUGAGCGCGCCCCUUACCGACGGUGGGCAGAGGUCGUGAAGCGGCGCCACGCUGAGCAGCAUCCGGACUACAAGUACUCUCCC